CGCUGUCGCCGCUGCGCCUCUGAGUCGCAGGCGUGUUCUAUCCAUCAUAUCAGAACAAUGUCCUACGUUUUUGUAAAUGAUUCUUCUCAGACUAAUGUGCCCUUGCUACAAGCCUGUAUUGAUGGAGACUUUAACUAUUCCAAGCGGCUUUUGGAAAGUGGCUUUGACCCAAAUAUUCGUGACAGCAGGGGCAGAACAGGCCUUCACCUGGCAGCAGCCCGAGGGAAUGUAGACAUCUGCCAGUUAUUGCAUAAAUUUGGUGCUGAUCUUCUGGCCACAGAUUAUCAAGGAAACACAGCUCUUCACCUUUGUGGCCAUGUGGAUACUAUUCAAUUCUUAGUUUCCAAUGGACUCAAAAUCGAUAUUUGCAAUCAUCAAGGUGCUAUCCCCUUAGUUCUAGCAAAACGCAGGGGUGUGAAUAAAGAUGAUCGACUGCUGGAAUUUUUGGAAGAACAUGAGGCAAAAGGAUUUAACAGAGGAACCCACUCAAAACUGGAGACCAUGCGGACAGCUGAGAGUGAAAGUGCCAUGGAAAGCCAUUCUCUCCUCAGUCCCAACCUACAGCAAGGCAAAGGAGUCCUUUCCAGCUUUCGAACCACGUGGCAGGAGUUCGUAGAGGAUUUGGGCUUCUGGAGGGUCUUGCUCUUGGUCUUCGUCAUAGCUUUGCUGUCUCUUGGCAUUGCCUACUACGUGAGUGGGGUGCUACCCUUCGUGGAAAACCAGCCCGAAUUGGUGCAUUAAAGCAGCUCAUGGGAGAUGAGGCAAUUGCCUCUUUCCUGGCUUUGUAUUUGUUCUCAGUUUCCCAAAAUUCUUUUAGUGCAAAGCAAUGAGGGCUGUACAUUUUUCUCUUUGCAUUUUUACUUAUCAUAAUCCUUUUAGAUAAUGACGUGUUCAUUUGAACUAACUACACCCUAUAAUCAAGUAAACUGCAUCCUAACGCUACCUCUGAUUCAGCCUGACUUCUUAGGAAAACCUAUACAUAGCCUUGUUGACAAAAACAUAGAAAUGACUAGAAAAUGGGAGAUAAAGGAAGAGGCUAUGAAGUCUUUGCUGUCAAAACCAUACUCUGAUAGGACCAAUUGAAGUAUUGAAAAAGCAAAAGUAUUUCUUACAUGAUUAGUUUUGGGCGGUGGUUUUGUUUUUGUUUAUUUUUGCAAGAGCCCCCCUUUUUUCUUUUUAUUUACUUUCUCUAGGGAUAGGGGAAAGUUUAAAACUUGAAGUACAUUUUUCGAAUCUCGUAUAGCAAAUUAGUAUUGUUAGGAUCUGUUUGGUUUAUUUUAAUAUUUUCGAGUCUAAUCACAAACCAAACAAAAUUUUUGAAAAUGAGCUAUAUUUUCUUCAAAAAUGAUUGAUUUAAAUCUUAUAUUUAUUUGUUUUUAGGAUAAUUGUUUUUGUAAACUACAUUGCUUGUUAAUAUCUGUGAAAAAUAAACUUGAAGAAUUUCCAAUUUCCCCUAGUUUUUGUUUUAAGGGUAUCAUAGUCAUCAAAAUUACACUCAGAAAACACUUUUUUCUACUGAAUAGUUAGCACGGAAAAAUAAUUCUGAUAUUUAAUUGUCACAAGUCUGUAGUGCUAUUAUUAUAGUGAAAAAUUCAGUUCUAUAAGCUAGGCUGUGUUGUCACAGUUGUAUCAUAGUUCAUGAUUAUUUCAUGUGCAAUCCUGUUUAGCGGCCUUCUUAGACUUCUCUUAACAGUCCCAUCCAUAUCAGCAAUUCUCUGAAGGCAAGAACGGAUGGAGUAUUUCUGAGUUAACAGAGCUGAACAAUAUAGUACUGGGUGUCAUAAACUCUUUAUGAAUGGUAAUAUUAUGUAAAUCGAAAUCUGGCUCCCAAACUAUAUUGCAGCUUUCAGCAGUAUGUUUGAAAGCCUCUUUUGUUAAUGAUUCUGUAAUGUAUAAAUCGUAUUCUUGGGUUAUUAAAAAAGAAUAUGAAGGCUUGAUAAUUAUUCGUUGCGUAAAGUCAGAAAAUUAUACAGAAAGAAUUAAUGGUUUUAUUUUUUAGAACAAAAGCAUCUAAGCUACUGCUAAUUGAAUUGUUGCUAGAAUUACAAAUUAUAGUUUAGAAUAGGAUUGGUAUUUCUGUGAUUCUUUUUGCUUCUUGAUAUUUUCUCAUUUGUAUUUAUUAAAUAACUAGUAUUGAAGCUUUUUCUUUCAUGUGGUUUUAUCUUCUCUUAAAGAGCUGUUGUAAAAUUCCUGAAUAACUAGCUGCUUCAGAAUCAGCUUGCAGAGUCUUCCUUUUAAGUUAGAUACAAACAAAAUAAAUCAUACUUUGUAAAUACAGCAAAAAAAUAGUUUGCUUUAAAAUAGAGAACGUCAGAACUCAAAUUGAAGUAUAUUAAGAAUGAAAGCUUUGGAAUUAGCUUUACAUUUGUUUGUAAAUCUAAACAGAUACAAAAUGGGUCAAUAUAUGUAUAUAAAUAUAUUGCAUUUUUAAAGAUUAAUGUUUCCUUUUAAGUGCUGAUUUCUUUGUAUUCUGUUCUCUGUAUUCACUAUUCAGUAAUACCAUCAAUAAAUGUAUUUAUAAAUCCCUUAAAAAAAAAAA